UGCCGAGGCUGCAUCGCUCUGUCCUGGCGCGGCGAUUGUGAGCGACACCCGGCAGACCGGCGCGGAGGGGGUGCGGGAGCGAGGAGCGGGCACGGAUUUUCCUUGCACUGAGAGAGAGAGAGAGAGAGAGAGAGAGAGGCGCAAGCGAGUCCCACGCCACGGCUCACCAGGACCGUUUCUCAGAAUGGCAGAGAUGGCAUUGAUGCAGAGGUUGGAAAAUGCUGUAAUUAGGCUUGAAUCAUUAUUGUCAGAUUCACAAAGGGCUGCUAGAAUGGAAUGUGGAACUGUCAAUGGAGUCAAUGAAGACAUAGCACCACACGUCGAAGCCUUUGACAGAAUCAUGAAUGGGAGUGUAGCUGCAUUUCUAAGGAAUAGCCUGGUCCUUGAUAGUGAUGUGAAAACACAUGCAGAAAUGGUCAGAGCAGCUUUCCAAGCACAAAGAGAAUUUCUCUUGUUGACCUCACGAUAUCAAGAACCUCAGGAGGAUGAAGUGGCCAUUCUUCUAAAACCAAUAUCAGACAAGAUCCAGGAAAUUCAAAUGUUCAGAGAGAGAAACCGAGGAAGUAGCAUGUUUAAUCAUCUGUCUGCUAUCAGUGAAAGUGUUCCAGCUCUUGGAUGGAUAGCAGUUUCCCCCAAACCAGGGCCUUAUGUCAAGGAGAUGAAUGAUGCUGCAACCUUCUAUACUAACAGAGUGUUAAAAGACUACAAACACAGUGAUUUGCGCCAUGUUGAUUGGGUGAAGUCAUUCUUGAAUAUUUGGGCAGAACUUCAAGCAUACAUCAAAGAUUAUCAUACCACUGGGCUCACCUGGAGUAAAACUGGCCCAAUUGCCUCAGAAGCAUCUGGGCUGCCUACUGCAGCAAGCAACCAAGUUCCUCCUCUACAACCACCACCUCCUCCGCCACCAGGACCCCCUCCUGUCUUCAAUACAGAAAAUGCAAAAGAUGAUUCAACUGCAUCACGCUCAGCUCUGUUUGCCCAGUUGAAUCAGGGAGAAACAAUUACCAAAGGGCUUCGCCACAUUUCUGAUGACCAGAAGACCCAUAAGAAUCCCAGUCUUCGUGCCCAAGGGACACCUAUUCGCUCUCCUACAAAAAUCCAUACUCCAACUACUCCCAAGGCGCAUGUCCAACAGAGCCACUGCCCUGUGUUAGAACUUGAAGGAAAGAAAUGGAGAGUGGAAUAUCAGGAGGACAAGAAUGACCUUUUAAUUACUGACACUGAACUCAAGCAGGUAGCCUACAUUUUCAAGUGCAACAAUUCUACCUUACAGAUAAAAGGAAAAAUUAAUUCCAUUAUAGUGGACAACUGUAAAAAGUUUGGCCUUGUUUUUGACAAUGUUGUGGGUAUUGUUGAAGUGAUCAAUUCCAAGGAUAUUCAGAUACAGGUACUAGGGAAAGUGCCAACCAUUUCCAUUAACAAGACUGAAGGCUGCCAUAUAUAUCUCAGUGAGGAAUCAUUGGACUGUGAGAUUGUGAGUGCAAAGUCAUCUGAAAUGAACAUCCUCAUCCCACAGGAUGGUGAUUAUAAAGAAUUUCCUGUUCCCGAACAGUUCAAGACAUCAUGGGAUGGGUCCAAGUUGGUUACUGACCCUACAGAGAUUGUGGGUUAACUUCUUAGGGCUCUACAGAAACCGCUGACCACAAUCUCCAAAGAAAUUCUGCCUAGCGGAAACAGCAGCAUGAAGAACUAGAAGUAGCACUAGUUUCUACUGCAGCAAUAGGCCUUCAAGCAGCUAUUCUGUGUCCUAUAAACUAUAGACUGUACCACAUGUGCUAUUUUUCCUUCAGUGAAAUUCUUGCUAUGAAGGAAAAAAGCAUAGUGAAGUAUCUGGUUCCUUUUGAAGACGGCAUGGAUAUGUAUUUUGCCAUGGCUACACAUACUUACAAACCACUGUUUGCACCCGGUACACUUUUUGUAGGCUUCCUGAUAUUCUUAAAAUGUUCACAACUUGCCUCUGUCUGAAAAUAGAUAAUACAUAAUGUCAUGUGAAUGUAUACAGGUUUUUGAAGUUCACAAUUCAGGUUAUUGGCUCUUUCACUGCAUACUGUAAGCCAAAUGUCUGCAUGAUACACUGCACAAUGUUUCAGUGCAUUCCUUUUUAUGUUUUGGCUCUUUUAAAAUGUACUUUUUAGAUUUGAGAUUAUUUGUGUAUCAUAUUGUACAGCAGGACCCCAGAAGGUCUGUGGUUCAUAUAGGCCUUUGAAGAAAUGCAACUCUCUGUUACACAUUUGCUAAUAGAAAAGAAAACCCAUCUGUUUUCUCUAACUAUCAUCCAUCUCCUGUUUUCAGUAAGGCAAGUUAACUUGAUUCUUUCCCCUUUUGUUUCACAUUAACUCAACAUUUUUAAAACUUUCUCAAUUCUACUGGCCUAUCCCACACUAGAGGCAUUAAAGAUGCAACUGGACAGCCAUCUGAGAGGGAUGAUUUAACUGGGGUCCUGCACUGAGCAGGGGGUUAGCCCCGAUAGGCCUCUGGCCCCUUCAAAUUCUAUGAUUCUAUGACUGUAAUAAUUCACUUGUGGGCCAUGUCUUAGUUACAAUAGUACUUAGUAGUCUAAUAUGAACAAGUGGACAUUUAUUAAGAAAUGCAAGGGUCUUGUUAUUUCUCUUGGGUCUGUCAGAUGCUAAGUAUUUCUAGAAAACUACAGGUCUGGAAAGAACCGGAAGAUUGCAGUGUAUUCUAAUGGUAGCCAGUUGCUGGCCUAUAAGCCAGAUCUGGUUACUUAGGAACCAUAACCAUUAUGAAUCAAAAUGUAGUUAACGUAUAACUCCCAAUGAAAGGAAUUGGGUUUUUUUUCCAAAAAUUUAAGAGAGCUAUUCCUUAUUUCAAAGUUACAGCCCUCUUAGUAUGUUUUGUGUAAUAGUCCAGCUAUGCCUGCACAUAUAUAUGGUUUGUCUGAAGCCCUUUCUUCUAAAUGGCACUAAUUUUAUUAUUCAGCCUGCAGUAAGGUGCUAAACUUUGCAGUAAAAACACUUGCAGACUACUAAAUGGAGAUUAGAGUGACUCCUAGUAAUUCAGAAGUUGACCAUCCUAGUUAGAGAUCUUGCUUUGUAUAAGGAAUAGUGGUGAUUGUAGUUCUGCUUUUAUUUCCAGUUGUAAAGGAUGAAUGCAAAUCUUCAAAAACAUAUGUGAAAAAAGCCAUGGAUUAUGUGUGACUAAAUUCUAAACUUAAAUGGGAAGGAUUGUAUUUUUGGUGGGGAAGGUUUAAUUCUAUAUUCCAUACUAUUAAUUUUUAACACAAAUGUAAAGUGUAGUACAUGAAUAAUUUAAGCACAUAGUACUUAAUUCAUGUAUGACUUUGAUUAUAUGUAAUAUUCCUUAACAGUGAAAUAAUAGUAUGCUUGCAAAACUAAAUCAGGAUAUAAACUGUGCCUACUGCACCUUACAAGAUACAUAAUUCUUUUUAAAAUUAUAUUUGAUUUUAACAACUAUACAGUAUUACAGCAAAUAGUGCUCAUAAUAAGAUUUUGCUACCUAACAUUUGAUCUAUACAUUUCAUGUUGUGGCUUCAGAACAUGCCAUUUUUCAAUAGUUAACUGCUGACACAAAAAUAAAAAUUGUAACUUGUUAAUAUGGUGGAAAGGAUGAUUUAUUGUACCAAGCAUGUACUUCCAUGUGCUAGUUUGGAAAUUGUUUUUAUUCUUAAUAACAACUUAGAAGAGCCUCACUAAUAAAUCUGCUUUGUGGUGUACUGUC